CUGUAGUUGUACGAGGGGAACUUCCUGCUCUAUGUCAGCAUCAUUUUUGUAGAGAGAAAUCACCUGUGCUAGUGUGGACGCCGCCCAUGAUGCUACUAUCAGCUCUGCUCUGACCGACUGAGCCCGAGGACCCCUUGAUGACGGGUGUCCAAAGAGUGCCUGAGCAGAAAUACGUGUUAUCUCUCACAGGUUCAUGCUCUGGCGUUUAUUCAUUUAAAGCCACUUUAUAUUUAUAGAUGUUACUGUCUAAGAAGAUUGUCAUGAAAAUUAGAUUUCGAAUUUUGAACACGACUUUUCUCUGGCUGACGAACAGGCACGUCACCACCCGAACUGAACGGCAGCUCAGCUCUGGUGUGUGGCAGAAGGCCCCCGACGUCCCCCAUCGAUCGCUUCCUCCCGUGUUCAGACCAGCGGAAGAAUCUGUCUGGGACACAUCAGGCCGUGACCCGUCCAUCCACCCGCCUGACCCUCCAUCCAUACAUCCGCCCAGCCAUCCGUCGUCUCUGUUCCAGUCCUCCAGUCCGGAUCAACAAACUCUUCUGCACCGCUCGUUCCACAGACUGAGCUCUCACUUUAAGAUGCCAAACUGACCGGAGACAUCCUGCGUCACAUCCUGAGAUUUCUGCCCACUUUACAGAUAAUGAAUAACGGAGAAAGGGAGGCGGACGUCGGAAGUGGGGUUACUGUGUUGGCGAGCUUGUGAUGUCGUGAACAGGAAGAGAGGCGUGAGCUGCAGGAAGUGGUCAUCGUGCCAGAGAGGGACUCCCUCUGAUGGGAGGGGGCGAGCGACACUGACACUCCUGCAGAGAGAGAGAGAGAGAGAGAGAGAGAGAGACCACCUGUUCCAAUCUCCAUGGACCAAUCGUCAUGAAACUUGUCAGAACCCCCUUCCCAUUGCUCCUCCCUCUCCUCCAGACCCCGCCCCUUCCUCUGCUCCAUCGCUGCUGCCUGUCAACGCUCUUAGCCAAUAGCAGCGCAGCAUCACACAGAUGGCUCAGCACAGACAGCUCCACCCCUCAGCCUGUGAUUGGUCAGGACUCGGUGGAGUUGCUGGGUCAGUCCUACCCUCGCGACGACUACACCAACGUCACGCCGAGGAUCUUGGCCAAGGUCGGACGCAAUCUCCACAACGAGUCCCAUCAUCCUCUGUGGCUGAUCAAGGAGCGGAUCAAAGCUCACUUCUACAGUGCCUACAUCGGUCGCUGGGGAAACCCGCUCUUCUCUGUCCAUGAUAACCUGAGUCCAGUGGUGACCGUGGAGCAGAACUUUGACAGCUUGCUGAUCCCGCCCGACCACCCCAGCAGGAAACGAGGAGAUAACUACUACCUGAACAGGCAGACGAUGCUCCGCGCUCACACCUCCGCCCACCAGAGGGAGCUGGUGCGGUCCGGUCUGGACGCCUUCUUAUUGGCCGGAGACGUUUACAGGCGGGAUGAGAUCGACACCAGCCACUACCCCGUCUUCCACCAGAUGGAGGGAGUGCGACUCUUCUCCAACCACGAGCUGUUUUUGAAGGUGCAGAACGGCGAGGAGCUGUCUCUGUUCGAGUCUGGAGGUCGACGGUCGCCUCACAAGCAGGAAACACACAGUCUGGAGGCCGUCAAGCUGCUGGAGUUCGACCUGAAACACACUCUGACUCGACUCGUCACGCACCUGUUCGGACAAGAUGUGGAGGUGCGGUGGGUCGACUGUUACUUCCCCUUCACUCAUCCCUCCUUCGAGAUGGAGGUGCGUUUCCAGGGCGACUGGAUGGAGGUGCUGGGCUGUGGCCUGAUGGAGCAGGAGCUGCUGAACUCUGCGGGGGCAGGAAACAAGGUGGGCUGGGCCUUCGGUCUGGGCCUGGAGAGGCUGGCCAUGGUUCUGUACAGCAUCCCAGACAUCCGGCUGUUCUGGAGUCAGGACCAGCGCUUCCUCCAACAGUUCAGAGUCCACGACAUCCAGCAGCCCGUCUGCUUCCAGCUGCUCAGUAAAUACCCUCCGCUCCACAACGACAUCUCCUUCUGGCUGCCGGAGGGCAAAGACAGCUUCGCAGAGAACGACUUCUACGACCUGGUGCGCUCCAUCGGAGGAGACCUGGUGGAGAAAGUGUCGCUGGUGGACGAGUUCAAACACCCAAAGACCGGGAGGCGGAGUCAGUGUUACCGCAUCAUCUACCGCCACAUGGAGCGCACUCUGACCCAGCACGAGGUUCGACUCGUCCACAAGCGAAUCGAGCGCACAGCCGAGACGGAGCUGGGUGUGCAGGGCAGAUACUGAGACACACACACACACACACACACACACACACACACACACACACACACCAUCCAGUCGUGUGUGUUUUCUUCCCCUCAGGCUGAAAAAGUCCAAACACUGACGAGCGUCUUCUGUAAUUUCCUGACAGUUUCUCUGAGAAGCGUUUCUGUCUGCUGUCGGCAGCUGUUGUGUUUCUGACCGCAGAUCACGGAGACGUGUCGUAACAAUCAUUUCUUUCUCUUCAGCAGACGUUCACACUUCCACUCGCUGCUGAAGUGAAACCAGAAUUAUUCAUUAUAACCUCAAACUCCAAAAUGGCGACAACAGAGUCAGAGAGGGAAAGAAACACAAGCAGCACAGACUGAACUCAUGACAACAAGACUGGAACUCAGACCUGAACCAUCGUCAGCAGCUAGUGAUGAGUUCAGGUGCUGCAGACGUCUCUGUGGGACUCGACCACACAAGAAACAAUCAGUUGUGAUGAGAACUGCAGCGAGCCGCAUGUUUUCAUGUUCAACAUGAAUCAUAAAUCUGAACUCUGAUGAAACGUUCUCCAUGUCAGCAGUCACUCAAAUUAGCUUUUUGUGCUAACGUGCUAAACAUGAAGAUAUGAAUCCAUUCGUCUGUUCAGUCUCGAGAUCCAGAUUAAUGUUUUAAUUUUCUCCGUCACGUCCUCAGAAGUUACAGUUUUGAAUUUGAGUUUCAGAAUCAAACGACUUGAAACUCUCAGAGUGUUUCAGCCUGAAGCUCCAGAGACGAGGGAGGAUGACACACACACACACACACACACACACACACACACACACACAGUCAAAGUUUUCUCUUUUCUGUCCUGGUUUAUUUGAGAGAUUGUCUGUAGCUUUAACUGAAGUUGCUUCAGAUGUCAGUUUUUCUGGCAGGUUUGUAUCUUUGGAGUUGAACAUUAAAAGUUUUUCCUCACUUGUU